AUGGAGCCCGCUCCGCAGACCGCCGCCACCCCCUUCGACAUUGUCGGCACCUACAAGGCGCUGCUGCGCGAAGACCCCGACAUGACCAUGCCCGUCGCCGCCAUCGAGGCCCUGGUGCACGCCCUCAGCGCCGCCGACACGAGCACCACGACCGAGACCCUCGCCCUGCUCUCGACCUACACGGCCCAGCUGAAAGCCGCCAUCCCGAACCCCAUUUCGCUGUCAGCCGGCACCGACCUCUUCCAGCGGUACCUGAUGACGUCGGUGCGGCCGGGUGCCGAUUUCGCGCAGACGCGGCGUCACCUGCUCACCAACGGGCGCCUGUUCGUCGAGCGGGCCAAGGCGUCGCGCGCCAAGAUCGCGGGCUUCGCGCGCCACUUCGUGCGCGACGGCAGCACCAUCCUGACCAACGGCGGGUCGCGCGUCGUGGGCGCGCUGCUGCGCUCGGCCGCCGAGGCCACGGCCCAGGGCGGCGGCAGCGUCCGCUUCAAGGUCAUCUACGUGCUCGCGACGCCGAGCCACGGGCGCGAGGAGGGCGGCGCCGGCGCCGACGCCGAGGGCAUGGCCAUUGUGCGCUCGUUGCGCGCGCACAACGUGCCCGUGGCUACGAUCCCCGAGGCUGGUGUCGCCUAUGCCCUCGGCAAGGUCGACAUGGUCAUUGUGGGCGCCGAGGGCGUCGUCGAGAACGGCGGCAUCAUCUCCCGCCUCGGCACGUACCAGCUGGGCUUGUUGGCCAGGAGCGCGGGCAAGCCCUUCUAUGUCGUCGCUGAGAGCCACAAGUUCGUCCGCCUGUAUCCCCUCGGCCAGUACGAUCUGCCGAUCGAGCAAAAAGUCAUCCAGUUCCGCGUGGGCCGCGACGACCGCGUCGUCGAGGAGAGCAAUGCCGGGCCUCAAGCGGCGGCGGACCCGCAAGCCGAGACGGCGAAGCGCGACCCAAGGGAGGAGAAAUGGGCUGCUGGCGCAGUGGACGACGCGCCCCCCAACCUCAUCUCGGGCAUCAUCACCGAGUCGGGCGUCCUCACCCCCAGCGCCGUCAGCGAAGAGCUGAUCAAGAUCUGGUUCUAA